GGAAGCGCCGGUUCCCAUGCGGAAGUCACUCGAGAAGCCCUCGAAUCGCCUCAGCCCUCCUCGUCGUCCCCACCGCCCUCUCCGUCUUCGUUCUCCGAGAUCGAAUUCGAUUUCUAAAAGCCCCUAAUUUUUGGUCGUUUGUUGUAAGAUCGGAUGGGCGCGGCUCGGUCGCCGUGAGGUUUGCGGGACGGGAGGGGACCGGAAGAGGGAUGGACGGCGCCGGCGGGGGAGGAGGGGCCGCGGCGGCGGCGACAAGCGCGAACCCGAACCUGAACGCGAACUUGCCGCCCCCGUUCUUGAGCAAGACGUACGAGAUGGUGGACGACCCGGCGACGGACGCGAUCGUAUCGUGGGGACCGGCGAACAACAGCUUCGUGGUGUGGAACACGCCUGAGUUUGCCCGAGACCUCCUCCCUAAGUACUUCAAGCACAAUAAUUUCUCCAGCUUCGUCCGCCAACUAAACACCUAUGGUUUCAGGAAAGUUGAUCCUGAUCGUUGGGAAUUUGCUAACGAGGGAUUUUUGAGAGGUCGAAAAGAUCUGCUGAAGACCAUUAAUAGGAGAAAACCCUCUCAUGCUCAUAGUCAAACACAGCAGUCUCAACCACAGAAUUCCUCGGUUGCAGCUUGUGUUGAGGUGGGGAAAUUUGGGUUGGAGGAAGAAAUUGAGAGGCUGAAGAGGGACAAGAAUGUACUCAUGCAGGAACUGGUCAGGCUGAGGCAGCAACAGCAGGCCACAGAUCAUCAGUUACAGACCUUAGGUAAACGCCUUCAAGGAAUGGAACAGCGGCAGCAACAAAUGAUGUCAUUUUUGGCAAAAGCCAUGCAAAGCCCAGGCUUUUUAGCUCAAUUGGUGGAGCAAAAUGAUAAUAACAGACGCAUAGCUGGAGGGAACAAAAAACGGAGGUUGCCUAAGCAAGAAGGCAGUUUGGGUGGUGAUAGUGCAUCACUUGAUGGCCAGAUAAUCAAGUAUCAGCCUCAGAUGAAUGAAGCAGCGAAAGCAAUGCUAAGGCAGAUUUUGAAAAUAGGUUCAUCUCAGCCUAGGCUGGAAUCUUUUAGCAACUCUGAUAAUAUUUUAUUAGAGAGUUUCCCUUCAUCUGGAGCAUUUGACAGUAGUUCUUCAAGUCUGAAUUCUGGAGUGACCCUUGCAGAGGUCCCUCCUAAUUCAGGGGUUCCAUACGUUCCUGCAAGCUCUGGGUUCUCGGCAAUUGGCUCAUCUUCAGCUCUGUCUGAGAUUCAGUCUUCUGGGGAUGUAACAGAUAUGGUUGCAACCAAUGAAUUGCCUGAUAUGGAUGUUUUAUCGGCAGUUCCAGAUUCCAUUGCUCCAUCGGAUAUGCAUAUUCCUGAAUUUCCUGAACUAGAAGGGAUUAUGCCUGAUGACGGUGUUGACAUUCCAAGUGAGAACUUUGCAAUGCCUGACCCAGAGAGCGUGUAUAUCGACCCUCUUACGGCGGUAGUGGAUGAGGCAGCAGUUCCAAUUGAAACGGAGAAGUUGUGUGUUGAUAAUAUUAUUGAUAUCUUGGCUGAGGAUCAGAAGCUUCCAGGCAUUAUUGAUUCAUUUUGGGAACAAUUUCUUUCAGCUAGUCCUCUAACAGGAGAGACGGAAGAGGCUGAGUCGAGCAUACAGGAAACAAAGGACAUGCAACCAGGACCAGAGCAUGGGUGGGAUGGUGCACAGAAUAUGGAGAAUCUUACCGAACAAAUGGGACUUCUUUCUUCUGACCCCAAACAGUGAUAUCAAGCCAAUGCAGUUCUUUUGGACUCGAAGCACCACUUCAUUGAUCGGUGCCUCGUGCUCUGGUUUAUGCCAGUAGAAGCUAGACAAGAUGAGAUGUAUCGCUGCACGUUGAGAGAUGCGGGAUACCUUGCAUCUGAGAAUGGAUGAAGUUGUUUGUAGUAAGACAUGUCAAGUGUGUUUUCUGACAUGGAAAAAAGUGUUCUACGUUAGUAUCGUUGUUUAUUAUAGCUUUCAUUUCUUUUCAUUCCAGAGGUUCAUGUUGUGGCGUCCUUGAAGGUUAAAGCAAUCUAUGUUGGAAGCAUCCCUGAAUGCUUGGCCGAUGAGGACACAUGAAGUUGAUCUUAAAAUAGUCAAGAUAGAGGUGGGUGAUGAUUGUUGUUUUCUUGGGCCCUAAAUGUUGGUUAUUGUAACUUUGGGCCCUGACCAUGGUACCAUCGCAAAUUUAAGAUCCGACAAAAUUUUUUUGUGCACUGCGGGCAGUGUUGAAAAAAUUUGAUGUAAAGUGUAUCAUUUUA